ACUGAUUCAAGCUUUUACUGCUUUAAAAAAAAAUUGUCAAUGACGUCGCUUUAAAUGGGCGGAAAGUUUCUCAGAUUAAAAAAAAAGAAAAAUCAACAAAAGCACCCCAAUCUAUCACAGACAGCGUCGCUUCAGUAGGGGUGCAGAGGAGAAUAUGCAAGAGCCUUGCUUCAGUUUUCCUUUCUGGUGAAUCUUAUUUUUUCUAUCACUUUAAGGACAGGAAAUGGGAGGGAUGUUUUAUUAUGUGAUGUUUUAUUGGGAGCAGACACUGACAAGCUGAAGAAAUAUUGCAGCAUCUUUCUAUCAACUGCUGGUCUGUUUUCUACCGGGGUAGAGCAUUCACAACAACGAGGAAACAACGCCGACACACCAGAUUGCAAUCCAAUCUGGUGUGAUACGUGCGAAGCAGGUGCUGAAUCAACGGCUUGCCUUAUGCAAAGUUCUGGACAAGACGACUCGGCUACAUUGCACUCCACCUAAUUAUGAAGUAGAAAACUUGUGCAAUUUUGAAACGAUUCACCUGCUGCUUUGUUUUUAAAUAGUUCAGUUAGUCCUGGAAUAAGAAGGGGCGGACACAUUGAUUUCAGCUUGGCUGUACGCUGUUCACAUGAAGAAUUUAAAACAGGGUUUCUCUACCUCUCAUCAUGCUGUGACCAGCGAAUGUUCUAUCUAGACUUUCCUAUUUCAAGGCACUUAGCUCCGAGUUGGGCCUAAGAGGGUGCUGGUACAGAUAGAAGAUGUUCACAGAGAAGAAAGCCACUUCUGUGCCCAAAAAGGGGGGCAAGAAGAAGACAAGACCACAGGGCCUGCCCUCCCCGGCUCUAUGCUGUGCUUGUGGACUGUGCAUCAUGCUGGCUGGCAUCAAUAUCACGCUGGUGGGUGCCUUCGCUUUCGGGACUUUCAUGCCCAUGAACAACCCGCCCAUCAUCAUUGGGCCCAUCCUGCUGGUGGUGGCCUUCACCUUCUUCGGAGCCUGCUGCAUCUGCAGCCGCCGGCCCCCUGCUCAGGGCUCCCGCAAGCCCAAAGGGGGCAACAAUCUGGGGUUGAUCCGUACAGGCAACACGGCCUUCGAGAUCGAGACCAGUGAGCACACCCUGCAGGACACCACCGCAGUGCAGCUCAGCCCCACCACCUCCCCUUGCUCCUCGCACAAGUCUACCCCCACGCACGAGGGCCCACAAGCCUGCAAGCUCUUCACCAUGGGCACCAAUGGGCCCGCUGCUCAAUAUUCGGCUGGGGCAGACUCCAUCCAGCUCAACCUGCCCACGGACCUGCCUACCACCUAGAGCAGUUUAGUGCAGGUGCCUCUGUAGGGCCUCACUGAACUGCCCAGGUUUCCAGCCCGUGGGGUUUCACAGGGCAAGGGGCAGCUACUUUUGUGUUCAAGACAUGAUGAUAUCGUAGAGGAUGUUCGAAUAGUUCUAUUGGAGAGACAGUCAUGACAAAUUAAUUUGCGCUUUACCACCCCAAGUGCAAAUGAAGUCAAAAGUGUGGCUUGUAGGCCAUAGAAUCGACAGAUCUAAACACAGUAGUACUUUGUUACUGGAGUUGCAGACUAGUGGAUGGUGGACCUGAGACAGAUUGCAAAACAGAUUCAGUUAAGUUUUAGUAUUAAAAUAACCAGCUACAGUACGUCUCCUGAACCACAUGUUGGUGCUUGCUGUGAGAGGGGCUUUCUGGAACCCUGGCACCCUGAAAUGCUGCCAGACUUGUUAGAAACUCUGUUGAAAACACAUGACGCAAGCACAGGUACCAUAUAAGCUAUGUGGUAAAAGAACAUUGAAAACAAACAUAUUCUUUUUUGUAUCAAUAUUACAUUACCUCAUAUCAGAAAGUGCAGUUUUAACUUUUAUUGAGAUAAAACUAAGUAACAGCACAUCUGAAGCCAUGUUAUUAUCUAUACAGACAUGUUAGUUAAUGGCACUACAGACUGUAUCUAUACAGUAGAUAUAUUAACUGAGGCCAUAUUGCAACUGAACCACAACAGGUGGUUGUCUGUACGCUGUUUUUCCCCCUGCAUUAUAAAUGUGGAUGCUUUCCAUAUGUGCCAAAGUCUAAAGUGGAAAUAGCUUCAUAUGCAUUUAAGAGUUUUUAAUCUUCCUCUUCCAUCUUACGUUAAGUAUGUAUGCAAAUCAAGUCAUUAGAGGUUCUGUUGCUCCAGUAUUUAAAUGAAAUUGUUUUUCUCUAAACAUUUUUAAACAUCUCCCUUUGGGCUUUGCUUCCUGAUUCCAUAACUGUGAACUUGACCCUCUUUCUCCUAUACUAUCCCAUAUAGAAAAGUGUGAAACAUACCAUUGGGAUGCCAUUGUAAAAACAAGUAGACCACAGCGUUACCUGCAAGGACAGCAUAACAGAUAUCAUUAGAGACUAGGGUAUAUGAACUAUGCAUCAGCUGCAGAGUCACUUACAACAACGUCUCACCCGAGCACAAGGAGGUUAAGUGACUUGCUCAAGGUUACACAGUUAGCGAGUGAGCCAGGAUUUGAACCAGGGACCUCCUGGUAAUAGGACCGGUUCUUUAACCACAGGACCACACAGCCUCCUUAGAUAUACAUUGGUAUAUCAAAAUAUGGAAAUGUAGCCUCUAUACGACCAUAAGCCUCACUGCUGUAUCUGUCCGGUGCUACAUUUUCACUGCAUUACUAUUGCAGUGCCACUGCUUUGCCAUUGUAGAUCAUUUAGUAAGUCACCAUACCAAUAUCAACGAAAACCUAUUGAGAAUGUGUUCAUGUUAUACCUGGAACUCACUGUGGAAAACUGUUUCCACUGAGGUAUAAAUGCACUUGUGGAUAAACAAUUACAAACUGCUAGCUAUGCAGCCUGAAAUAUAGCACAUUUUUUUGGUAGGCCAAUUCAGUUUGACAAUGGCUUAAAACAAACAAAAAAGUAAUACUCCACAACUAGAAAAACAAACAAACAAACAAACAAACAAUACUUUGGAAACUGUUCUCGCAGAACCAAACAUUUUAACAGUUAAUUGGUUUUCUGAAAGAGCUAUGAAAAGAAGUCUGUACAGUGUAUUUCCCAUUUUGAAAAUCAUUUUAUUAUUGGGGCCUGUAAAAGACCACAGAGAGAAUGACCAAAGAAUACAACUGGAAGGAACACACUUCAAUAUAUAUUCUUUGAUGUUAGUACCUGUUAAAGUUGAGGGACAAUGGCAAUGAUAUCAAACAGAGACCUUAAACCCACCUGCACUACCAUACUGAAUCAUUGAAUGAAAAAACACAAUACAAACCUGUUCACAAGUUCUUGUCUCUCAUCACCUUCAUAAACGUUUGCUGACAUUCAUCAUGCAGUUCCCAUGUUUGCACCAUUGUUCCUACCACAGCUCACCAUAGCUUACCAUGAGUUCUUUACCACUAUUCAUGCUUCAUAUGCUGCUUCAUGCUUUUACUGGGCAUUUAACUUACUUUGUUAAUCUUUUACCACACAAUACUGCAGUAAACUUUUUAAAGGAUAUUGCCAUGACAACAAGAAGACAUAGCCUUUCUAACAUGUGUGCGUUGUUCCUGAAAAUGUGGCAAUGUUUAUAAAUGGAGAGAUCCAGAGCUUUCGCUGAGCUUUUGCUGUUGUAAAGAGUUU